AUGGACCUCAGUUUCGAGGCCGAGAGUCCCUUGGCACCCCCUGCUGAGCUCCUGGAGAGACUGCCUGGCUACGACUGGCUGCUGCCAGGGGACGGGCAGCAGGUGUUCCCGCCUCCAGAGACCCCAGGGAGGCCCCAGGAGCAGCGGUCUUGGUCCUGGUUCCUGAGACACAGGGUCCCCACAGUGACGGAGGAGGUGGCCCGGGAAGCCCUGCUCAGCUUCGUGAGCUCCAAAUGCUGCUACGGCCACGCAGCCGCCGGCGACCUGGUCAUCCGGGAGCUGAAGCAGCAGAACCUGUGCCGGUACCGACUGGAGACCUUCAGCGAAUCCAGGGUGAGCGAGUGGACGUUCCAGCCCUUGACUAACCAGGUGGUGGAUGGCCCGCAGAGAGGCCCCUCCCCCAGGCUCUGGGACAUCAAGGUCCCGGCGCCCCCGCUGUUCCAGGAAGACACCAGGAAGCUGCAGGUGCCUCACUCGUCCCUGGUCAAGGAAUGCCACAAAUGCCACGGGCGUGGGCGGUACAAGUGCAGUGGAUGCCAUGGAGCGGGCAGGGUGCGGUGUCUGUUCUGCAGCGGAGGCAAACGCAGAGCCAGGCGGCCGCGGCGGUGCCAGCUGUGCUCCGGCUCCGGCCGGCGCAGGUGCAGCACGUGCUCAGGGCGCGCCAGCAAGACCUGUGCCACCUGCAAGGGGGAGAAGAAGCUGCUGCACUUCGUCCAGCUCGUCACCGUGUGGAAGAACAGCGUGUUUGAGUUCGUGUCCGAGCCCCGGCUCAGCUGCCCGGUGGAGCUCCUUGCGAAGGCCAAGGGCGAAAGCCUCUUCCAGGACGAGGACCUGGCGGUGUACCCCAUUGUGGACUUCCCCCUGCCGGAGAUUGCUCGGGCCUCCCAGAGGGGCAUCGCAGAACACAGUGCCGCCCUGGGCUCCCGGGCACGCGUCCUAAAGCAGCGCCAGACCAUUGAGUUGGUUCCCCUCACGGAAGUCCGUUGCUGGUACCGGGGAGAGACCUACGUCUACUACAUCUGUGGCACCGACCACCAGGUGGACGUGGGCAACUUCCCUCGGCAGCACUGCUGUGGCUGCACCAUCCUCUGA